AUGCCGGCCCCGGGGCCGCCGCCGCCGCCCGGCCAGGCCUUCACCAUCGCGGCGCUGCUGGGCCGCGCCUCGCCGCCGCCUCCCGCCGCCCCGCCGCGCUGGGGGGCGCCCGCCGCCGCCCCGCCGCCGCCGCCACCACCCCCGGCCCCGGCCCCGCCGCCGCUCUGCGCCGCCUGCUGCGGGCCGCCCGCCUGGCCCGCCCGCCUCGGCGCCACCGGCUACCUGCUGUCCAAGUGCUGCUUCCCCAUCUUCAAGGCCAAGGCGGGCAAAGCCAAGCGGGUGCGGACCAUCUUCACCAGCGAGCAGCUGGCCCGGCUGGAGAAGGAGUUUGCCCGGCAGCAGUACAUGGUGGGCGCGGAGCGGUGCCUGCUCGCCGCGGCCCUCCACCUCACCGAGGAGCAGGUGAAAGUCUGGUUCCAAAACCGGAGGAUCAAGUGGAGAAAACAAAGCCUGGAACAGCAACAAGCCAAACUGGCCAAAAUGGGCUUGGCUACCCCGCAGAGGAGCCCGGACUCGCAGAGCCACCAUGGUGAGGAAGACGGGGACUUCCCGGCAGAGGACAGUCGGGAAGACACCACACCGUCCCCUUGCUCAGAGACAGCGACCGCACAGCCCCCUGGACAGACUGUUGCAACGAGCUGCUGAACUGCUUCUUCGGGCCACAUUUCCCACGUGUAUUAUAUUAAUGUAUCAUAGCUGGCAAUGAGUGUAUCUAAUAUAUACAGGGCAGCAAUUAUUUUUGCAGUGCGAAAAUAAAUUAUUUAUGCAACUCUUUGUUUAGAGAGACUU